UUUUUGUUUUGAGACCAAACAAAUGGAACUUCCAUCCCAAAGCUCAGCAGCAACAUACAGAUCAUCUUCAGCUCUGAGCAAGUAGAAGUACAAGACCAAACACUAUGUCUUUAGCUCCAACUAGUCACCUAUCUCUCUAUUCUUCCCCACCAUUGCCAAGAGCUGCUCUAACCAAGCACAACCCUCUUGUGUUUUCUCAAACCAACAAGAACUGGUCAUGUCUCAGCACUUCUAGCUGUUUUCUCAAUACCCAACUGGUAAAGCUAUCCAUUUUCAUUGUAAGAGCAUCAGAAACUAAGACUCCAACUGCUGAAAGUGAAGGUGGGGGUGAAGGAGGAGGAGAUGAACCAUAUGAGGAGUAUGAGGUAGAGAUUAUACAGCCUUAUGGGCUCAAAUUUGCAAAGGGUCGAGAUGGUGGAACUUACAUUGAUGCAAUUGCACCUGGUGGAUUUGCUGAAAAGACCGGAAAGUUCGCUGUUGGGGAUAAAGUACUUGCCACCAGUGCAGUUUUUGGGGAUGAAAUAUGGCCUGCUUCUGAAUAUGGGAGGACAAUGUACACCAUUCGCCAAAGGAUAGGUCCAUUGCUCAUGAGAAUGCAGAAGAGAUACGGAAAGUUAGACACUUCAGGUGAACUAACUGAGAAGGAGAUUAUCAGAGCUGAAAGGAAUUCUGGUAUAGUUAGCGGCAAACUGAGGGAAAUCCAAAUGCAAAAUUACUUGAGGAAAAAGGAACAGAAAGCACAGAGAGAAAGCGAUCUUCGAGUAGGGCUGCAGCUUUACAAGAGUGGCAAAUAUGAGGAAGCACUGGAAAAAUUUGAGUCUGUAUUAGGUUCAAAGCCAGAUACAUUUGAAGCUUCAGUCGCAAGUUACAAUGUUGCUUGUUGUUAUUCUAAGCUUAAUCAGGUAAAAGCUGGAAUCUCUGCACUUGAGGAAGCCCUGAAAUCUGGAUUUGAAGACUUCAAGAGAAUCCGGAGUGAUCCUGACCUCGCCAAUCUAAGAUCAUCUGAGGAAUUUGAUCCUCUAUUAAAAAGAUUUGAUGAAUCAUUUAUCAAUGAGAAUGCUAUCAAUGCCAUCAAAUCUCUAUUUGGCUUCAACAAGAAGUAGAUCCAUGACCCGUUCCUACAAAAAGGUUCAAGGACUUGAGCUGGUGUGGGGUUGAGCUUAAUACAAAGUCAACGACUGGAUUGACUUAGCCAUCAGCCAUCUGGUGCUUCAUGGUUCAGACAGAUCAAUUUCAGUAUCCAUUUGUUCAUAGCUGUUAGUUUUGGAUGCGUUCGAAGAGAUUUUAUUUUAGUGCUGCUUAUGUCAAUUGUUUUCUUCUGAUGAGAGUCUUCUGUUUGUAACUUUCAAGAAUUGUAGAUAUGUAGAAGGUCAAAAGACUGAACAAUGAGACAAAUGAGAGCAUCUACGUUUCAAUUUUA